AAAGUUCAAGGCAUUGUCUGGCUCCUCCCCCUGCUGGAAACACACCUAUGUACUUUAUGCUCUAGUUCACUUUAUGAGACUCACUGUAGGAGACGUGAAUGACUCUCUUCAUCUGCUGAAGUACAGGAAUGGAAUCUACCAUGAGUCUCCUGUCCGAGAAGCACUUCCUGUGCUCUCUGUGUGAGGAGAUCUUCAGUAACCCAGUGACAACGCCCUGCGGACACAGCUUUUGUAAAGCAUGUCUCCGUGUUUACUGGAGCCGCAGCGGGUCAGACGAGUGUCCGCUCUGUAGGAGGGCCUUUGGCUCCAGACCACAUAUCAGCGUGAACCGCAUACUGGCGGACGUCACUGAAAACUACAGGAAGACACGCUUGGCUGCUAAAUCCAAGUUCUUCAGUAUGGAUGAACUUCAGGAUGAACCUAAAAAUGCAGGAGAGGUGCAGAAAAUGAUUCAGGAAAGAUUUCAGAAGAUUGAGAAACUUCAGAAUUCCUUAAAGCUCCUAAAGAGCACAUGUCUUCGGGAGGUUCAGGAAAGCCAAAGGGUGUUUUCUUUUCUGUUGAGCACCUUAGAGAAGAACCAUAAACUGGUAGUGGCUGCUGUUGAGCAGAAACAAAAAGAGGCAGAGAAAAGAGUGGAAAGGCUUGUAAAAGACCUGGAGAAAGAAAUGCUUGAACUGGAAAAUGGACAAACCAACCCUGAGCACUUGGAUGACAAGGAGCGUCUUAAAAAGAGCUUCAGUGAUAUACCGCGUGCGAUGAGAGACUGGUCUAGAGUCACACUGGAGACUGAUCCUUGUGUUGGCUUCACCAGGCAGGCUGUGGUGGACUUCAUGGAUACAGUCACGAUGGAAGCUAGAAGACUGUCUAAAGCUGAACUGAAGAGGCUGCAGAAGUACUCAGUUGAAGUAAAUCUGAAUCCUAGGACAGCUCAUGCUUACCUCUACAUCUCUGAGGACAGGAAGGAGGUCAGACAUGCGAAUAAGCGACAAGAGGUCCCAGAAAACCCCAAAAGGUUUGACCGGGUGGCUAACGUAAUGUCCAAGGAAGCCUUCAGCCAUGGAAAGCAUCUUUGGGAAGUGGAGGUUGGCGACAAGACUGACUGGGAUCUGGGAGUAGCCAAACAAUCUGUCAACAGAAAGGGGAAAUUUACUAUUUGUCCAGCCAACGGCUUCUGGAUGCUUAGCUUAAAGAAUGGCACCCAGUACAUCGCUAACACAUCCCCUCCAACUUUCUUCAGCCUCAGUCACAAACCUAAAAGACUGUCCAUUUACCUGGACUUUGAGGAGGGACGUGUGUCUUUCUAUUGUUUGGAUACCGGGACUCAUCUCUACACUUUCAAAGAUACUUUCACAGAUAAGCUCCACCCCAUCUUCAGCCCGGGACGACCCCACGGGGAAAAGAACACUGCUCCCCUUAUCAUCAGCAGCAGCUGCUGCAGCAUCUGAAGCAAUAUGCU